GCCCUUUUCACAGGGAAUGAGUGUUGAUCAGUUACGAAAGAACGUCAUCGAUGAGCUUCGCAAAGCCGAAGGAGAACCGCUAUCUCUACAAGAACUUUUUGAGCGCUGUGGUGGAGCAAAAGCGACUAACUUAAAUCUUGAGGCAUUCAGGCAUUUCAUUAUGGAACGUUGCUCUCGAGCGGUGAAACCUGUCCACGGCAGUGACGAAAACAGUCUUCCCAAAUAUGCUCUUCACGUUGAUCAUGCUCGCAAAACGGGUACGUUAAAGAAAAGAACCGCUAGAUCGAAAAGCCAGUCUAGCUCGCGCGGAGGGACGCCGGAUGGUGGUACACCGCGCUUCAAUCCAAGGACUGAAGGCUUCAUAAUCUUUUGCCACAUUGUCCGACGACUUUCUGCAAUUUCGCAAGAUGGAUCUGUCAAUUGGAAUGCUAUUAGGAACCAGUACAGGAAAGAGACAGGCCGUCAGUUGGUUGCUGAUGAGUUGAACAAUAUGUGUGGCACUAUCAAUAUGACGAAGAACGAGUUGCUCACAACUUAUCUAUCGCCAGUAGUGGAAGUUCUCGACAGCCGUGGACAGAUCAUCCGUCCGACAACUUCAUUCAUAUCGAACUCCAAAACUCCUAGUCCUAUAGCACUGCAGCCACUUCCCAAAGAUCGCGAACUCUCACCCAUGGUGUCGAUCGUUUCUGAAGAAGUUCAGUCUGAUCUAAUAGGGGAUGGCGAUCAAAACAUCGUGGAACAACUACGAAAAGAUGAGGUCGAUAACGACGACAGUAAAACAUCUUCUGGAGAACGCACGCCACCCACAAGUCGAAGUUCCGCUUCGGCUGUUGACGAAGCGUCGAAGCCUUCUUCACGUGAGAUGUUCCGAACACCAGAUUCUGGCCAUACAUCCUUUGUGUCGGUGAAUCAAACAUUCGAAACUAGCGGAGAAUUUGAUUACGUUACUGGAGAUGAUAGGUCACCGGAAAGCGACAUCUCACUUGACGUCACAUGCGAAAGAUCGGCUCUGAAUAGUACCCCAUGUCGCACCCAUGAAAUUACUCUAUGCGAUGAUAACGAUCCUGUGGUGCAAAGCGAGACGGAGUAUACGGAGCAUAAGGACCCUACGGACAAAGAUGUCCUGGCGCAAUCGGAGCAAGCGGAACAUGAGGAUAAACCUUCCCCCGUCGACUCUUUUGAAGAAGCAGAAGAUAAGGAAGAAGUUGCUGAAGAGCCCGUGGAACAAGUUCCACACGAAGACGAGCGGCGCUACGAAGUUCCAUCCGAAUCCGGUAGUGAUCAUGUGGAGGACUCAGGAGAGCUUUUAUCCGAAGAACCUGCAGAGGUUGAGCCCCAAGAAAAAGUGCAGGAAGACGAACGGCCAUACGGAGUUCCAUCCGAAUCAGGAGGUGAUGAUAUCGAGGAUUCAGCGGACCUUUUGUCAGAAGAAGCGGCAGAGGUAAUCAUUCAAGAACUGGCUCAAGACAUGCCCACGGAAGAAGGUUUGCCCACAGAAGGCAACCCAGUACCAGAAAUUGUCAUCACUGAGCCAGAGGAGGAAGCGAUUAAGAAAGACGUAGAAGUAGAAGAGAAACUUGACGUAGAUGAAACAAAUGAAGCGGUAAACGAAGACUUGGAAGUUUUGCCAGAUGUUGAAUCAAUUACCGAACUCGAAGAUGUACCUAGUGAGGACAGCGAGGACGCUGAUGCGCAGACCAUAGUAAAUGUUGUAGUGGAAGAACCUGAUGAUUUGAGAAGUGAGGAGCUGUACAGCAUGGCUGAUACCAUAAGCAAUGAUUUGGGGGAAGAAUAUAUUGUUGACGAGCAAAAGGUGCUUAAAUCUGCUAUGUCCGACCCGAACAUAGAAGAAUCUGCUGAAGAAAGUGACACAUACAUUCCGCAAGGCACACCAGUCAAGGAACGAAGAUUGGUGUUUGAAGCAAGUGAAGAGAAAGAAGAGCCAGAACUUCCUAGCGUGGAGAUUGAAAUGGAUGCUGAUGUCGAUGUGAAGGAGAAAGUAGAGAUGUUUGAGCAUCUUCGAAGAGAGCAAGCCGAUGGGAAGGUCAACCUCUUAGACGAAGAUGACCAUCCGGAAAAAGGAGACGCCGCAGAGCUGGUCAGCGAUUUGGAACAUUCCUCAAGUGGGGAAGAGCCGUUUGUAGAAGAGGAGGUAACGAUGCCACCGCAUUCCCAUGUGUCGGAAACUGUAGAUAAACUGGAGAAUGAGCUUGAGAAGAAGUCCUUGCUUGUCUGCAAGGAUUGUACAGAUGUGUUUGAACAAGCGGUAGAAGAAGUGAAGGCAGGUGACCAUGAGGCAGUGGAAGAAAUAGAAGAAAGUAACGAAAUGAAAGUUAUCGAAAAAGUGACAUCUUGGGUGGAACUUAAUCAAGAAGCACCGGCAUUGAAUGAAAUGGUGACAGUGACAAUUGAGCCGUCUGAACCAGUAGCGCAGGCUGUUGCAAAGAUUUGUGACAAGGAUAACAGUUUAGUCACUAGCACAGUUGUUGUUGAUGUGAUUCCACACAAGGAGCAUGGACCCAAACUCACGGCCAGCGAGUCUUGGGAAAAAGCAUUCGUUGUUGCCAGCGGAUCUGUUCUACCCAAAUCGGCAUCUUCGCAAAAGACAAGUGUAGACCUGGAUGUAUCAGAGGCACACAGUGUCCUGCAUGAGAUGGAGAAGCUUGAAGAGAAAGCAAAGACUGAGGUUACCACGCCUGUUGUGAAGGAAGCAAAUGGAAUGGUAAAGGAUGAAAAUAAAGUAACAGACCUUACCCUAACUAAAGAGCUGCCUCCACUUCCAGCUGUAAUAAUAAAGGAAGAAAAUACUGAGGCCAUAUUGCAGUUAACGAAAAAACGAGGGCAAGCUCUGGCUCAACAACGUCGACUAAUGGACUGUUGCACAGUAUUGUAA